AUCAUGCAAACACAAAGAUAGUGCUUAAUAUUGGAUAAUUAUAGUUAUUUAUUCUUCCACCCUCCAACUCAAUGGCAUUAGCUUCCACACUUAUUCUAUUAUCGUUCUUCCUUUACAUGCUACUCAUGCCAUUGACUUCACAAGAAAAAGACAAUGAGAAUUUUGAUCAAUGGAUAUCUUUGAAUGUGAAACACUACAAUAGUAGAAACAGAGAAACAAGUUUGAAAUGGAUGCAAGAAUCAAUCAAACACAAAAAACAACGUCAUGUUCCUCCACCUCCUGCUAGUAGCAGCUUUGAUCCAAAACUUAUAUACGCGGAGAUGAACAAAAUGAUAAUCACCGUGAGUCAAGACGGAAGUAGCAAUUUCAAUACUAUUAAGGAAGCUCUUGCUACCAUUCCACUCUAUAACAAGCGCAGGGUCAUACUGGACAUCAAACCCGGAGUUUAUAGGGAAAAAAUUAACAUUCCAAGAAGUUUGCCGUUUGUGACAUUUCGGGGCGAUAGUAGCAAUCCGCCACGGAUUACAGGAAAUGACACAGCUUCAGCUACAGGAACCGGUGGUACGCCUUUAAAAACAUUCCAAAGUGCUACUGUUUCUAUCGAUGCCGAUUAUUUUAUCGCCAUAAAUGUUAUUUUUGAGAAUACAGCACCCCAUGUGGUUGGAACUGCAGGAGAACAAGCAGUGGCACUAAGAAUAUCAGGAAACAAAGCAGCAUUUUACAAUUGCAGUUUCUAUGGAAGCCAAGACACACUUUAUGAUCAUAAGGGACUUCACUAUUUCAACAAUUGUUUCAUUCAAGGCUCCGUUGAUUUCAUUUUUGGGUAUGGUAGAUCCCUAUAUGAGAACUGCCACUUGAACUCAGUAGCAAAGAAAAUAGCGUCCCUGACAGCCCAGAAACGUACAAAUUCAUCGAUAUUAAGUGGAUUUUCGUUCAAGAACAGCACCAUAACAGGGACAGGAUCAGUUUAUUUAGGCAGGGCGUGGGGUGAUUAUUCUAGAGUGAUAUUUUCGUAUACUUAUAUGGACAGCAUUGUUCUUCCACUAGGAUGGAAUGAUUGGGGCAAAACAAUUAGAGACUCGAGAGUGUAUUAUGGGGAGUACAGGUGCAGUGGACCAGGAGCCAACAUUACAGGAAGAGUUCCGUGGGCACGAAUUCUCAACGAUGAAGAGGCCAUGCCUUUUAUUGGCACCUAUUAUGUUGAUGGCGAUUCUUGGCUUAUACAUCCCUACUAGUUCCAACUUGCAAUAAUCAAUUUUAUCGCUUAUGUACACCCUUUCGUGUCUUUCUACUUGUUAUUGUUGUGACAAAUGACAAACUUAUUACAAGCAUAUGUAUCGCGUUACAUUGUAAAAGAUGCACCUGUUUAUAGGAUUUCUAUGUAUGGGCACAAAUACAACACUAAGAUAUAAUGUUCCAGCUAGGAACAUCCUCAGCUUCAACUAUACAGCCACAGUAAUAAUAGUAAGAGUAAUAGUAAUUGUUUCGAGUCGUGUUACCAUUAUUAUGGCUUGUUUCUUCAGCAUCGAGAAGCAGCCCAUCGUCUUGUCCAUGCAGAUAGAUGUCCUCGCGAGAUCUAAUAAGAGCUUCCAGCAGCAACACUAGUGAUGCCAUUUUAUAAUUUGCCACUGAGUUAAAAGACAGAAACAGAGAAAAAGAAGAGCAGUAUGUACCAAGAAAAAUGAAAAGUGGCAGUAUAAAAUGUACCAUAUUCAUGAGUUGGAUCAUCUGAACCUCAACUACUUAUUUUGCAACACGAAAAGAAUUUGGACAUUCAUAAAAUUAAGUUUCUUUACCUA